AUGCCUCUAGAAAACCAACAACCAGGCAAUCCCGUCAUCCUGAUUCGCGAAAUCCGUCUAUAUCACCUCGGUCCCUCCCCCGACUCUUACAUCCAGAACUCGUCUCUCGCUGCCGCACAUCAUCGGAAAGCCAGGUCAGCGCAACCACCCGCCCGGCCACAACCUUCCCGUCCCGAUGACACCAUUCGACCCAGCACCAGCCCAACGAUUGCCCUUUCCACCCAGUUCCUGAAUGUCGUCAGCUACGGGAAAUUGAACAUUUCCAUUCUGGACAAGGGACUUACGCAACGAAGAGGAAACCACCAAUUAUCGCUCCCCAUGUCGCCAAAAUGCCCAAGGAGUGAGUGUCGAAGUGCUGCAACACGGUCUCCCACAAUGAUUGCCAUGAGCGCUCCGGUCCAUCUCGAGAUUCUUGGGCGGUUCUCAAAGCGCCGAAUGAGACGGCGACCAGACAAAUGA